UUUUAUAACCUCAGGAGUUCCGACUCAGAAUCUGCUGGUGCAAGCUGCAGGGGAACAUUCAGGACAUGGAACAUCAAAACACCAACUACCUACUUCAUGAGCGACUUGACAAGGACACGGAAAAGUUGAAUGGUGCGAAGACACAGACAGUCUUGCCACUGGAUGGAGAGGAGAGAAGUGAGGGAGAGAGUGGACAGGACCAGCCUAGGUUGGGAGUCGCAGCAGCAGAAGGGGAUGGAGCAGGAGAAUUAAGUGGAGAAGGUGGGCCUGCUGCUGGCGCUGCAGGCCUCAUGGAUAACAGGAACCAAGAGGACCGUGGCACCAGUGGCAGUGCCCAGAAGAAUGAGAAGCAGCCAGAGGAGCCAGUUUCCAAGGACAAGGAGGUCAUAGAGAAUGUACAGCCUAUUCCAGUGCUGAUAUCUGGUGUGUCACCUAUUCCAGUGCUGAUAUCUGGAGUGCAGCCUGUGUCAGUGCUGGUACGCCAGCGUAGCUUCCACUACAAGUUCAACCGGUGGCAGCUUCAGGAGCUGGAGCGAAUUUUCCAGCAAAAUCACUUCAUCAGUGCAAAAGAAAGAAAACAUCUGGCAAGAUGGAUAGGUGUGAGUGAAGCCAGAGUUCAGAAUUGGUUUAAGGGAAGACGAGAACAAUAUAAGAGAGAGCAGAAGCUAUAA